ACAGACCCAAGGCACAGAUCGAGAGGAAAGGCACACGAGAUGUAAUGAUAAUCCCAAUGCUUAAAUUCCCAUAACAAGUCCCGUGAAAUACACCACAUGGAUAUCGGAGCGCCAAGUGAAUGGGCAAUGGUGAAUGUUCCAGCCACAAAAUAAAGAAGGUACAAGGACCAUGGAUCCCCCAUACUGCGUAACACUAAGAGACAUACAAGAAGCUCAGAGACGGAUCCAGGGCUUCAUACACACAACUCCAGUGAUGACAUCUGCCAGUCUGGAUGCACUUGCUGCUCGCAAACUCUUCUUUAAAUGUGAAUUACUGCAGAAGUCUGGCUCUUUCAAGAUUCGAGGUGCACUAAAUGCAGUUAAGAGUUUACCAUACGAUAACUGUACUGCAGUCGUGACCCACAGCAGUGGCAACCAUGGUCAGGCAUUGGCAUUGGCAGCACAGAUGAUGGGCAUUCCUGCACAUGUGGUAGUUCCAACCACUGCUUCAAAAUGUAAGAAGUCUGCAAUUCUGGAGUAUGGUGCUCGGAUUCUGGACUGUGAACCAUCAGAUGAGUCUCGUGCAGAAUUGGCAGCUCAAACAGUACAGAAAACAGGAGGUGUUCUGAUCCAUCCAAAUCAAGACCCAGCAGUCAUUGCAGGUCAAGGAACCAUUGGACUUGAAGUCUUACAACAGGUGCCAGGACUGGAGGCCUUGGUUAUACCUGUGGGUGGUGGCGGCAUGCUGGCUGGAAUAGCUGUUGCUUUAAAGGCUAUUAAACCAGAUGUUAAAAUUUAUGCUGCUGAACCUGUUAAUGCAGAUGACUGCUACCGCUCAAAGAAGACUGGUAUUUUGACUCCUAAUCUUCAUCCUCCAAUCACCAUAGCAGAUGGUGUAAAGACAAGCAUUGGCCCCAACACGUGGCCCAUUAUAAGGGACCUGGUGGAUGAUGUGUUCGUUGUCACUGAAGAUGAAAUUAAGAGUGCUACACGGUUGGUCUGGGAGAGGAUGAAGCUUCUGAUCGAGCCUACAGCAGGCCUGGGUCUGGCUACCAUUCUGUCCAAUCAAUUCCAGGAGAAAACAAGAGAUAUACAAACCAUUGGUGUGGUGCUCUGUGGUGGUAACGUGGACCUCGGCAGUCUGGACUGGUUACAUGAGCCUUUGUUGAACAGAAACUGAAAUGCAGCACAGGCUAUAGAACAUGUAGAGUUAACAAAAUGUGGUUCCUUGAUUUUAUGUAAUUCCCACACCUACAAAUGUCUAAAUACAAAAUAAAUAAGUUCUCGUAAGGCACCAACAAGAGAAGACGCAAAGAUCAACUUGCAG